AUGUCCCGACGCAAGCAAGCCAAGCCGCAGCACCUCAAGUCGGACGAGGACCCGGCGAUAGCCGGCGUGAUCUCCGAGCACGCUCGAGGCGAGGUGCUGGAGGAUGCCGACAGCGGGAAUGAGAGCCGCAGCGGCAGUGAGGAGACGCACGUGUGUGAAAAGUGCUGCGCCGAGUUCUUCAAGUGGUCAGACUUCUGUGAACAUUUACAGAGUUGCACCAAACACCCCCUGGUGCUCAUUGUGAAUGACAAUGAAAGCACACCUAACCCCUCCCAAGAGUACCCUACGGAGCUCUCCCCUGUACCCAGCUGCUCUAGUGAGCAGGCUGACAGCGAGGACCCUAGGGAGGGAAACCACAGUUCUGCUGGUGAGGGGGAUGACAUCCCAGAGCCAGCAACAAUAAAUGGGGUCAAUGUCCUAGAAAAAGAGGACGAGCCGAUGGAGCUAGAGCUAGCACCAGAAAAAAACAUGGAUCCCGAAGAGACAGACGUGACAUCUCCGGAGCCAGACGGCUCCCUACCUCAGCUCGAUGAUGUCGUCCCCUCCUCUGUUACAAACUACGCCAUGCCAAGCACCAAUGUUACCUUGGAGACCCUGCAUGGCACCCGGGUUGCAGUUGCCCAGUUUUCACAGAGCGUACGGGCAGCAGUGGGCAGCGGGGUCUCCACCAUGGCUAUUCCCAUGAUCCUGGACCAGCUGAUGGCCCUCCAGCAGCAGCAGAUACACCAGCUGCAGCUGAUAGAACAAAUACGCAGUCAGGUGGCUCUGAUGAACAGACAGUCUGACUCACAGCCUGCUCUAAACCACCAUCACAGUAAUGUUGCUGGAAACCAGGGGCCUGUAUCCUCCUGCGCCCCUACUGUCGCAAGUCAGCUUCAACUACACAACUUCAUCACUCCCCCUGUCCAUCAGCUGCCUGUCAGGCUGCCGGCCACACUCAGUGGUCAAGGCCCUUCCCCCCUGACCUCAGUGAUAGAAGGACCCCACUCUCAAACACCACAAAGUAGCAGUCAACAGUCUAACUCUUCAAUACCCAACAUGUGCUCAAAUAACUUGGUGUUUUCCUCACCCAGUAGAAGUGGAUUGUCAUCUCUACUUCCCUCCGGCUCAUCUUCCGUAACAAACAAUAUUAGCACUAGUUGUAGUGCAACAGGAGUUGGUGGCAUCAGCAGCAGCUCAGCUCUUCCCAGGAACUCCACCACCCCUCCCUCACUCAGCCACAGCAGCCUCCUGAGCUCUGCCUCCAGUCUACCGCUAAUACCUCACAGCUCACCCAGCAGCGUUAUCUUCCCCAACCCGCUGGCCAGCAUAGCAGCCACAGCCAACGCCCUUGACCCCCUCGCUGCUCUGAUGAAGCACCGCAAGGGGAAGCCCCCAAACGUGUCUGUGUUUGACACUAAGCCCAGCUCUGAGGACCCCUUCUUCAAGCAUAAGUGUCGGUUCUGUGCCAAGGUGUUUGGCAGUGACAGCGCCCUACAGAUCCACCUGCGAUCGCACACAGGAGAGAGGCCCUUCAAAUGCAACAUAUGUGGCAACCGUUUCUCCACCAAGGGAAACCUGAAAGUCCACUUCCAGAGGCAUAAAGAAAAAUACCCACAUAUUCAGAUGAACCCCUACCCUGUGCCAGAGUACCUGGACAACGUGCCCACUAGCUCAGGCAUCCCAUAUGGAAUGUCUUUGCCCCCAGAAAAACCUGUAACCACAUGGCUAGACAGCAAACCUGUCCUCCCCACGGCUCCCACCUCACUCGGACUCCAGCUGCCUUCCACACUGCCGAGUAUGAUGGGAGGUUUUGGUGAGUCUCCAAGCCUCACACCGCUCAACAGGUCCCCUCAGGGGCCAUCUCCACCAUUGAGCGAGUGCGCAUCUUUAUCCCCUAAUAUUUUUAUCAACUCCGGCAUGACCACUACUUCACCUUCCCCAAAACCCUUUCUAGGGAGUGAUGCGCCGCCUCUCUUGAAAUCUGAAGGUGUUCUCCUUCCACCAAGCUGCUCUAGGCCAGGAGAGAACACCACCACCACAACUACACUAAGUCAAGUGGUCCUUUCGUCGACUGUCAACUCCCCCACAUUGUCCAGCAGUGGCCAUGACAGUGAACCCAUCACUAGCCCUAAUUCUGCUUCUAACCCUGUCUCGCAUCCUGUCCUUCCAAUGCUCUCAGACCAGUUCAAGGCCAAGUUUCCUUUUGGAGGCCUCCUAGACUCUAUGCAAACCUCAGAAACAUCCAAGUUGCAGCAGCUUGUCGAGAACAUUGACAAGAAGAUGACUGACCCAAAUCAGUGUGUCAUAUGUCAUCGCGUUCUGAGCUGCCAGAGUGCUCUCAAGAUGCACUAUCGUAUCCACACUGGCGAAAGGCCUUUCAAAUGCAAGAUAUGUGGGCGGGCAUUUACCACUAAGGGAAACCUGAAAACCCACUUUGGUGUCCAUAGAUCUAAACCCCCACUUCGGGUACAACACUCCUGCCCUAUAUGUCAGAAGAAGUUCACCAAUGCCGUUGUGCUGCAGCAACACAUCCGCAUGCACAUGGGGGGGCAGAUCUCCAACACCCCGAUCCCUGAAAGCCUGCAAGAGAUGGACACUGACCUAUCCUUUGACGAGAAGAGUUUAGAUGCGAUGAGUAAUUACGAUGACGAUCUUCUGGACGAAAUGGAGCAAGCUAUGGAAGAUGAACCUGACUUUAAAGAGGGAGAAAUAGACCCAUGUAAACCUUAUUCACCGGGGAGCUCCCCACCAACUUCCAUCAUCUCCAGCAUCACUGCAAUGGAGAACCAGAUGAAGAUGAUCGACUCCACUGCCAGCAUGACACGGUCUUUUGGCCCAAACCAUACGCAGAAUGGCAUCAGCUUUGGAGGAGAGAAUGAUUGCUUUGCCACCGAUUCCCUGUCUGCCUUGGGGGAUGCUGAAGGUCAAAGCUUGGGGAGCCCUGCUUUCUCUGAGUCCUCUGGCUCGAUGCAGCAUUUGUCCCCAGCUCACAGCCAUUCUGAGAGCCUGCGAUGCAAGUCCCCAGCUACAUUCAACAACAAUAACAACAGCAGUGCCACGACAAUAGACGAGUGCCAGGAGAACAAUACAUCUGGCCUGGCGACAGUGAAGUCGGAAAAAUCAGAGACCCCAUCUCCGCUUUCUGCAACUGAAGGCACUGGGGCCCUUGACCUGACUGCCACUCAACCUGGCAGGCACUUUAUCAAGGAGGAGAGCCACUUCAGCAUGCUGUUUCUAAAUAGAGAUCGAGGGCUAAGCACUCCUAAUUUGGCCAGCACUGCAUCGAACAUGAUCAAAAUGGAAAUGAAUGGACACGGCAGGUCGGUGUCUCUGAGCGACAACUCGCACAUGCCGGUGGGGAUCCAGGUUCCUGCUGCGGCACCCCACAGCAACAUGAGCCCCAGCCUCAACCCCAUGUUGGCUCCCCCGCCUCCACGACGCACUCCUAAGCAGCACAACUGCCACUCGUGUGGGAAGAAUUUUUCCUCAGCCAGUGCUCUGCAAAUCCACGAGCGCACACACACUGGGGAAAAACCUUUCGCCUGCUCUAUUUGCGGAAGGGCUUUCACCACAAAGGGCAAUCUGAAGGUUCACAUGGGAACUCACAUGUGGAACAACGCUCCGGCCCGAAGGGGUCGGCGGCUGUCUGUGGAGAAUCCCUUAGCCUUGCUGGGCGGGGAUGCCAUGAAGUUCAGCGAGAUGUUCCAGAAGGACCUGGCGGCUCGGGCCAUGAACGUCGACCCAGGAUUCUGGAACCAGUACGCGGCCGCCAUCACCAACGGGCUGGCGAUGAAGAACAAUGAGAUCUCCGUGAUCCAAAACGGAGGCAUCACCCAACUGCCCGUCAGCCUCGGCGGUGCAGGAAUCACUUCGUUGGGCGCCAUGCCGGGAGGGAUGGGCCGCGUUCACGCCAGAAGCAGCCCACUCAUGACGGAUUUGGAGAAAGCCGGUCUGGAUGUCGGGGCCAACCGGCCCUUCUCCAGAUUUAUGGAGGAGAACAAAGAGAUUGGGAUCAAUUAA